AUGAACCUUCAAGAUUUACCGACAGAGGUAUUUUAUUUAAUAUUAUCAAAAGUUUCAAGUGAUUUUAUAAUUCAAGAAUUUCAAUAUGUUUCAAAAUAUAUUUACCAUCUCUGUAGUGAUGAAUUAUUUUGGAAAUUAUUAUCACACUCUAAAUAUAAAAAUUCUCCAAAAUUAAAAUCAAGAUUUCAAAAAUUAAAUAACCAAGAAUUUAAUGAAAAUCAAGAUAAUUUAAAUAUUGAUUUAAAUAAUUUUAAUAAUAAUAAUAAUAAUAAUAAUAAAAAUAAUAAUAAUAAUAAUUUAAAUGAAAAUAAUGAAAAUAAUUAUUUUUUAGAUGAAGCAAAUAUUGAAAAUAAUUAUAGAAGAAUUUUAUUAAAUUAUCAAGAAAAUAGUUGGAAAUUUUUUUUUAUUAAAAGUAGUACUCCACGUUAUUUAGUAAUUGGUUCAGAAAUUGAAGAUAAUAGAAUUUUAGAAUUAAAAAAAAGUCUACAUAAAAUGGGUUUAAAAUCAAUUGAUCAUUUUAAUGUUUUUGGUUUUAAAUCAUUAACCGUAAAUGAUCUUUACCAAUAUGAUGGUAUACUUUUCUUUUCAUAUUGUGGUUUUAGACAAAAAUCAAUUGGUAAUAUUUUAUCAGAUUAUGUUGAUAGUGGUGGUGGUAUUGUUAUUGCUGCUUAUUCAAAUUGUGGAAAAGGUAAUAGACUUGAAGGUAGAUGGUUAGAAGAAGGAUAUAAUCCAUUUAAUGAUGGUAUUACACAAAGAGUUUACAAAUUAAAAAUGGGUAGAAAAAUUAUACCAGAUCAUCCAAUUUUAGAAGGUGUUGAAAAAUUUGGUGGUGGAGUAAAUAGUUCUCAUAGUGAUUCAGAAAUGUCUUCACAAUCUAAUUUAAUAGCUGAAUGGGAGAAUGAAAGACCAUUAAUUGUUGAAUUAUCAACUAAAAAAUCUCCAAUCAUUGGUUUAAAUUUUUAUCCGCCUUCUAAUGAAUUUGAUCCAUCAAGUUGGGAUAAAACUACUGAUGGUUUAAAAAUUUUAUUAAAUUCUUUAAAAUAUGUUGUUGCUCAUUCUUUAAAAAUUAAUAAAUAA